AGCAGCUAGUUAGCAAGGUGCGGCAGCGGAAAAGGAAAACAGACUGGUCUCCUCUCCGCGCUAGCGCAGCUUACGUACAUUUUUAUGUCGCGGUUUUUAUGAAGACGUACACUAGAUUUUACUGAGAACAAAUAUUGCGAUUUUUUUUAAGUAGCUUAUUAUAUUUUAUGAAUUAUUAGCCAGCACGUAAACAGAUACUGGGUUGAUCUGAAAUAUUUCACGCUAAACCGGAAAAUCAAUAUAGCUAAGACGAUAGCUAAUGCUAGGAUAGCUAGCGGGUUAGCUCUCCGAACUGAAAGACCUACCUUUGGCUGAGUUCAUUUAGUAAACGACUGCAAUGGCUGAUGUUGACAAACUCAACAUAGACAGUAUUAUUCAACGUCUUUUAGAAGGCAAAGGAGCAAAGCCUGGGAAGAAUGUGCAGUUGCAGGAGAAUGAGAUUCGUGGAUUGUGCCUGAAGUCCAGGGAGAUUUUUCUCAGUCAACCCAUUCUUCUGGAGCUGGAGGCCCCUCUCAAAAUAUGUGGUGACAUUCAUGGGCAAUACUAUGACCUGCUGAGGCUGUUUGAGUAUGGAGGCUUUCCUCCAGAGAGCAACUACCUGUUUCUGGGCGACUAUGUGGACAGGGGGAAGCAGUCUUUGGAAACCAUCUGUCUUCUGCUGGCCUACAAAAUCAAAUACCCAGAGAACUUCUUCCUGCUGAGGGGAAACCAUGAGUGUGCUUCAAUCAACAGAAUAUACGGUUUCUAUGAUGAGUGUAAACGAAGGUACAACAUCAAACUCUGGAAGACCUUCACGGAUUGUUUUAAUUGCCUCCCUAUUGCUGCCAUUGUGGAUGAAAAGAUAUUUUGCUGUCAUGGAGGACUGUCACCUGACCUUCAGUCGAUGGAGCAGAUCAGACGCAUCAUGCGGCCCACGGACGUGCCUGACCAGGGCCUCCUGUGUGAUCUGCUUUGGUCCGAUCCAGACAAAGAUGUUUUGGGCUGGGGCGAGAAUGACAGGGGGGUCUCGUUCACCUUCGGCUCAGAGGUGGUUGCCAAGUUUCUGCACAAGCAUGACCUCGAUCUGAUCUGCCGUGCUCAUCAGGUUGUUGAAGACGGCUACGAGUUUUUUGCAAAGAGGCAGCUCGUCACUUUGUUCUCAGCACCAAACUACUGUGGGGAGUUUGACAACGCCGGUGCCAUGAUGAGCGUGGAUGAGACACUCAUGUGCUCCUUUCAGAUUUUGAAACCAGCUGAGAAGAAGAAACCCAACGGCAGCCGUCCUGUGACUCCCCCCCGCAACAUGGUCACCAAGCAGGCUAAGAAGUGAGGGGCUGAGUGGAGGACUAGUUGCCAGGGUCUGCUUUUGUCUUCUGCAUUUGAGGAAUUGGUUAUUCUACACGCUGCCAAUAUUGAAAAAGUGUCCACUCCUACUAGAUGAAAGCAAAAUAUUUAUUGUUUUUUUUUCCACAGGGGCAAAAUCAAUAUGUCACCAUGAAAAUCCUCAGGUGUUUUGCACUCCAUUUUGCAGCUAGUCUUUACCACACAUGACUGUUCAAUCAGGAAAAGCAUAAUAAAUACAGCUACUUAUGCACAGGAAUGCCUUGUUUGAAGCUGUGCACAACUUUUCAAUUUGUUUCGUGUGUCAUUCCUUUGUUUAUUCUCCCUCACAGUUUGUAAUUGUUAACGGAUAUAAAAGUAUGAAGAAAGUCGGACGUCGGUUUUCUUCAGCGAACUUUAUUGACAUUUAAUUUUCUCAGUGUUCUAGAGAAUUGACUACACACAUCACAUUUUUAAACGAGUCUUGUGCUCAAUUAAAUGAAUAAACAAGAACUCUUGUAAUGUCUAAACCUUUCUAAUAAACUUUAAGUGUAUUUUUGGGGGGA